UGCAGGAGUGGACGAGAAGGCAAAGGAAGAGGAGGUGAUGGCGACAGACCUGGGGAGGGGGAGACGCUCCGUCUGGCUGAGACGCCAUCUGGGCUGGGGUCACCCUUUCAGGACUUGGCAAAACAAGCAAAAGAAAGAUCGAACAAAAAAGAGGAAACCAAGAAAGAUAACUUUACAAACCCUGAAUGUGGCAAAAUAAGAACAAUGGAUCUCAAGUUCAACAACACCAGGAAACAUAUCUCGAUCACCGUGCCAUCCAAAACCCAAGCAAUGUCACCACACAUCAAGUCAGUUGAUGACAUCAUAGUACUUGGCAUCAAUCUCAGCAAAUUUAACAAACUAACUCAGUUUUUCAUAUGUGUUGCUGGAGUUUUUGUAUUUUACCUAAUUUAUGGAUAUUUACAGGAAUUAAUAUUUUCAGUGGAGGGUUUUAAGCCCUAUGGCUGGUACCUUACUUUAGUGCAGUUUGCAUUUUACUCCAUAUUUGGCCUAAUAGAACUUCAGCUUAUUCAGGACAAAAGGCGAAGAAUACCAGGAAAAACCUACAUGAUAAUAGCUUUUCUAACUGUGGGUACUAUGGGGUUAUCAAACACUUCCUUGGGCUACCUGAAUUAUCCUACCCAAGUCAUCUUCAAGUGCUGCAAAUUGAUUCCUGUUAUGCUAGGAGGAGUUUUUAUUCAAGGGAAGCGUUACAAUGUUGCAGAUGUGUCUGCUGCGGUCUGUAUGAGCCUUGGCCUGAUCUGGUUUACCCUAGCUGACAGCACAAUUGCUCCAAACUUCAACCUGACAGGUGUGAUGCUUAUUUCCCUGGCACUAUGUGCAGAUGCGGUCAUUGGAAACGUUCAAGAGAAAGCUAUGAAACUCCAUAAUGCUUCCAAUUCUGAAAUGGUUUUAUAUUCAUAUUCAAUCGGUUUUGUGUACAUUUUAUUGGGAUUGACAUGCACUAGUGGAUUGGGCCCUGCAGUAACAUUUUGUUCAAAGAACCCAAUUCAGACCUACGGUUAUGCUUUCCUGUUUUCCCUCACUGGUUACUUUGGAAUCUCCUUUGUUCUGGCUUUGAUUAAAAUUUUUGGUGCACUUCUUGCUGUAACAGUGACAACAGGAAGAAAAGCAAUGACCAUAGUACUUUCAUUUAUAUUCUUUGCUAAACCAUUCACAUUUCAGUAUGUAUGGUCUGGAUUGUUAGUUGUCCUUGGUAUAUUUCUCAAUGUUUACAGCAAAAACAUGGAUAAAAUAAGACUACCAUCACUAUAUCAUCUGAUAAACAGAUCACUGGAAGUGAGGAGGUCAAGGACGUUGGCACAAACUGUAUAGGAAUGGACUCGUCCUCUUUAAAAUAGUACUUUAAGGGAACAAUCAUUAAUGAACUUCCAAAAGUACUGUAAUAAAAGCCAAAGGAUCAGAAGGCAUGGUGUCCAUUUGUGAAUGGAUUACAUAAACCGUAGUUUUGUAGCAUCCACCUUUCUUCAGAACACUUAUUGGACUGACUCCUGAAGCAGUCAAGAGCCACACCUAGCAUCCCGUACAAUAAAAUGUCAAUAUGAAGGACUUUACUUUUCUUGACAGCAUCACUGGAAAUGGACCAUGUUGCAAGACUAAUUGAAUAUCAUAUGACAUAUCAAAUACAUUGAUGUGUAAUAGCACAUUGUUUGUCUUCAUUCCAUUUUGGUGGUGUUAUUUAAAUUGAUUCUCUGUUAUAAGAGUAAGCUGAUUAUUUAAAGCCUUAGAGAAUAGCAUUCAUUAUAAAUAAAAUUAUCCUGUGAUUUUU